AUGGAGGUUGCACCUUCCGGGGUACCGGACGGUGUCCCCACCGCCAUAACCCAAGGGCCGUUGGUCGAUGCCGACACUGUGGUGGAAUAUUUGGUCGAUGUGCUGCGGGUGACUCUAGGAGCGCUGAAAAGCGAGCUGGAAAACACCGGUAGCCUUUUGUCAAAAGCCAAGUAUAGCGAAACUGCGCAGAGAUGUUUGCGGUUUGCGUCGGAGUCGCAAGUCGCCCUCUAUGUGCAGAAGGACCUCGUGGCAUCAGAGCAUGCGAACGGGACUGCUGGUGGCGAAGAAUCCCCCGCCGAAUAUGUUUACAGCCUCUCUACCGAAAUCUCGUCUUCUUCUACAACCAUCGCGUCGGUGGCCUUUAUCAAACGACCGGCAGCUAUCGACCCCUCGCUUCCUAUAUCGUCGCAGAUCCAGGUUAUGAAUCUUCCCGGUCCGGCUGCCCUCAACAACACCCAGGCGCAACAAGGAACUUCGCUGUCGCCCUACGAGAUCCUACAUUUACUAGUCCACCAUGGUCUUAGCCCGUACUUUGAAGCCAACACCCGUAACCAGGACGGCGUCGCGAAGGCAAAGACGGACUCAGAGGUCAAAACUGGAGUUCCCGGGACUAAGAAGAAAUUCGCGGAGUUGGAACUCGGGCUUUUGCAUCUCCAGCAGAACGUCGAAAUUCCUGCAUUGAACUUACCCCUCCAUGAAGUGGUUCAGGCGGCUCUUGUUGAAGCAGAAAAGCGAGGCGUUAAGCCUUCGGUGGACCUUAUUGAUUCGACACUUCUAGAAAGCAGUGCGUUUAUCAACAGCAUUCAGAACAAUGUUAACGCUUGGAUCAAGUCAAUUCAGACCAUUACAAAGAUGUCUCGCGAUGCGGAUAGCGGGUCGGCAGCGCAGGAAAUCAACUUCUGGCUGUCCAUGGAGACUGCGCUGGAAGGUAUUGAGAAUCAGCUACGUGGCGAUGGUGUUCAGUUAACCAUGGACAUUUUACGUCACGCGAAGCGUUACCAGGCCACGCUCAGCUUUGUUGCAGACACUGGAUUGCGUGAAGCGACGGAUCUAGUCCAGAAAUACAACCAAUUGAUGCGAGAUUUCCCCCUCGAUGAACUCCUCUCCGCCACGUCCUUGCAGAAAGUGCGGGAAUCCCUCACUUUGAUAUUCAACCAUCUCAACAAGAAACUGAAGAUUACCCCAUACCCAAUCAAGCGCGCCCUUGCGCUUGUGGAGGCUAUCUCGGGCGAUCUUGACGCCCAAAUCCACUCCUUACUUAACGGCCGGACCAUCAUGCACCUCGAGUACCGUGAGUUCCGCACGCUGAUGAAAACAGCUGGUUCAAUCUGGCGAACUUGGGACGACAACCUCAAGGAAUUCACCAACGUUGCUCGCGAAUCUACGCGGCGACGAAAUGAAAAGUUCAUUCCAAUCAAGAUCAAUUCGCGCCACGAUAAAACUCUUGAAAGAUUGAAGUACAUCAAUACCUUCCGUGUUAACCAUGAGCAACUCCAACGAACCAUCGCCAAUGUCCUUGGCCCAAAGAGCUAUUCUGCCGGUGAUGCUGCCGCCGGUGCCGCCGCGGAUGGCGCCGCCAUUGUUGAGGAGAUCGGCGAUGUUGAUGCCGUAGAGGAAGUUGCGCAAGCCUACGCUGCCUUGAAGGACGUGGAUGUGCUAGAUGUUUCCCCAACGGGAACUCAGAACUGGAUUAAAGGGGAGAUUGCGUAUAACGAACGCACUUCUAGAGUUGAGAACUCCAUCAUUGCCCGCCUGCGUGACCGUCUUGCUACGGCCAAGAAUGCCAAUGAGAUGUUCCGUGUCUUCUCCAAAUUCAAUGCCCUGCUCGUCCGCCCCAAAAUCAGAGGUGCUAUUGGUGAAUACCAAACUCAGCUCAUUGAUAAUGUCAAGCAGGAUAUAUCUGCACUGCAUGAACGUUUCAAGCAGCAGUAUGGCCAUUCUGAAGCGCACGCAAUGGCUCAGCUGCGAGAUCUCCCUCCCGUUUCUGGUGCCAUCGUUUGGGCACGCCAGAUCGAGCGUCAGUUAGACGGUUACAUGCGUAAGGUUGAGGAUGUCUUGGGAGAGGACUGGCACCUACACACUGAAGGACAGAAGCUCCAAGCAGAAGGCAAUCUCUUCAGGAAGAAACUCGAUACGCGACCCGUGUUUGAGACAUGGUUACACGAUGUUCAAAGGCGGCGUAUCACCAUUUCUGGACGUCUUUUCAACAUUGUCCGUAACCGAGCCGCGGGCAACACGUUGGAACUCGCCGUGAACUUUGAUGCUCAGAUUAUUGCCCUCUUCAAGGAAAUCCGAAAUCUGAUCUGGCUCAAUUUCCAAGUCCCUCAUGCUGUCAGCAACAUUUCGAAGGAGGCCAAGCGAGUGUAUCCCUACGCUAUUAGCUUGAUGGAAAGUGUCCGCACGUUGCUCCAAACGAACCGUUCCAUUCUCUCCAUGACUGACGUUGCCAUUCUGCUGAACGGGUACGUUAACGAUGCCCAGAGCAUGAUUGGGAGAGGUAUUCCCCUCCGAUGGGAAUCUUUUGUUCACUCGUAUGAACUACAUGUGAAACAAGCGGCCCUGGUAAAUGGUGCUCUCGACUCGGUAAUUCCGAGCACCAGGGGUGAAAGCAAGCACGUUCAAUUCGUGCGAGAGUUCGCUGCCUCAGCUGCCGUCCUGCAACAUAAAACUGCGGUCCUGGCAUCUAUCAAUGAUACCAUCCAGAAAGCCACUCACGAGCUCAAGACAUGCCCGUACGAGUUCUCUGCAUUCAAGCAGCGUUUGGACACCAUUCAAGCUGCCGUAGACAAGCUUAACCUGGAGAACUACGUCAACCUCGGACACUGGGUGCACGGUUUGAACCAGAAGAUUGAGGGUAUCCUUAGCGAGCGGCUGCACAAGGCCAUCCGCGAGUGGACAAACUCAUUCCAGGAAUGGCAAAGCGGUCAGCAGCCUAUGGAAAAAGCCAAUGGAAUAGGCGAUGCGGACGCUCCAGCAUACAACAUUGAGUUCCCAGGCCUUACUCACGAAAUUUCUAUGCGUAACCAGGUCCUCCAUCUUGACCCACCUCUUCAGUAUGCUCGGGCAACUUGGUUUGCACACUUCGAUAACUGGCUCGGUGUAAUCUGCAAUCUCGAGAAGAUCAAGUCAUCCCGCUAUCAGAUCUCCAUUGAAGUGCAGAAGGUUCAGCUUUCGGAGGCGUGCUUUGCUGAUCUCCCACAGUACUGCACAAACGAACUGAGCUUGGUUUACAAUGCUGUAGAAACUAGGCUCAAGGAAGUCUCCGAGUACGUCGACAAGUGGCUGCAAUUCCAGUCCUUGUGGGAUCUGCAGUCUGAGCAAGUCUAUGACAUUUUGGGUGACGACCUGUCUCAAUGGCUUCAACUUCUCCAAGAAAUUCGCAAGAGCCGGGCCACCUUUGACACAUCCGAGGUCAGCCGGUCGUUUGGCAACAUCAAGAUCGAUUACGAGCAGGUUCAGACGAGAGUCAAUGCGAAGUACGACCAGUGGCAACACGAAAUUCUGCUUAAGUUUGGAUCUAAACUCGGAAACCGCAUGCGCGAAGUGCACUCCGAAAUUGCUACUGCUCGUCAUGACUUGGAAGGCAAAUCUCUGGAUUCUGCUUCCACUGCGCACGCCGUGGCUUUCAUUACCAGUGUGCAACAAUGUAAGCGCAAGGCUAAGGUAUGGGAGCCUGAGGUGGAUCUUUUCCGGCAAGGUCAGGCUACUCUUGUUCGUCAGCGCUACCAGUUCCCCGGCGAUUGGCUUCACGUUGAGAACGUCGAUGGCGAAUGGGCGGCUCUUAAUGAACUACUCAGCCGAAAGGGAAAGAUUGUCGAGGAGCAGACCGAGGCGCUACGUGCGAAGAUUGCCGCCGAAGACAAGGUUAUUAGCGACAAGAUCACUGAGGCUAUUGCGCAAUGGAAUGAAGAGAAGCCUGUCUCUGGUACUAUUCCUCCCGAGGAAGCUUCUCGCUCUCUUAGCAUGUUCCAGACCCGACUCGAAUCUCUUCAGUCCGAGUUCGAGAUGGUAUCAAAAGCGAAGGAGGCUCUUGACCUACCUUCGAGUGCCGCAUCUGCUCUACCCGCGAUCCUGGAAGAAGUUCAGGACUUUAUGUCAGUGUGGGCCGCUCUGUCUACUAUUUGGAGGAGUCUCAAUGACUUGCGUGACGCGCUCUGGACGAGUAUUCAGCCAAGGAAACUUCGCCAGUCUAUUGACGGCCUUAUUAAGAUGACCAAGGAGAUGCCCAGUCGAAUGCGCCAGUAUGCUGCGUUUGAGCACAUUCAGAAUGUUCUCAAGGGACUCUUGAAGGUCAACCCUCUGCUCUCGGACAUGAAAUCUGAAGCCGUCCGUGAGCGACACUGGCUGAAGAUCUACAAAGCUCUCAAGCCAGGGAAGCGGUUCUCACUGGUCUCCCUGACCCUUGGCGAUGUCUGGGAUCUUCAACUUGCGGCUAGUGAGACAGUAAUCCGUAAUAUCAUUGCACAGGCCCAGGGUGAAAUGGCCCUCGAGGAGUUCUUGAAGUCUGUGCGCGAGACCUGGCAAAACUACUCGCUGGACCUUGUCAACUACCAGAAUAAGUGCCGCUUGAUCCGGGGCUUCGAUGACCUCUUUGCUAAGUGCAGCGAGAACCUGAACUCCCUGCAGGCCAUGAGGCAUUCUCCUUACUACAAAGAAUUCGAGGAGGACGCUUCGUCCUGGGAAGACAAACUUAACCGUGUCCAUGUCCUGUUUGACGUCUGGAUUGAUGUCCAGCGCCAGUGGGUUUACCUUGAGGGUGUCUUCACGGGCAAUGCCGAUAUCAAGCACCUGCUACCCCUCGAAUCGAGCCGCUUCCAGAACAUCAACUCCGAAUUCUUUGCCGUGAUGAAGAAGGUCUACAAGUCGCCAUUUGUCCUCGACGUCCUCGCUAUCAAUGGCGUUCAGAAAUCUCUUGAACGACUGGCUGAGUUGCUCAACAAAAUCCAGAAAGCUCUGGGUGAAUACUUGGAACGAGAGCGUGUUUCCUUCCCUCGUUUCUACUUUGUUGGUGACGAGGAUCUUCUUGAAAUUAUUGGAAACAGCAACGACAUCUUCCGUGUCGCGAAGCAUUUCAAGAAGAUGUUUGCCGGUUUAUCAGGUGUUCUGAUGGAUGACGACAACAACAUUGUCGGGUUCACCUCUAAGGAGGGUGAAGAAGUCAGGCUGAAGAAGGAAGUCAACCUGGUCAAGACGCCUAGAAUCAACGACUGGCUGACUGCCCUUGAGAGCAACAUGAAAUCAACCCUUGCCGAGCUCCUGACCGAGGCGAUUGAACAAUUCGAGCCUCUCUACAACUCCACCGAGGUCGAUCGCACUGCAUUUGACGACUUCAUAGCCAACUAUCCUGCUCAAAUUGUCGUUCUUGCUAGUCAAGUGGUGUGGACUAACGAGGUGCAGAAGUCGCUGGAGAACGGCGGCACUAGCCUCCCCACACUCUUUGACGCUCAGGUCCGGGUCCUCGAACUCCUCGCAGUGACCGUCUUGGGAGAUCUAGACCCUAUCAGCCGCAAGAAGUGCGAGCACCUUAUUACGGAGUUCGUUCACCAGCGUGACACUAUUUCCAAGCUCGUAGCAUCGAAUGCCACGAGCCCAACACACUACCUCUGGCUGCUGCAGAUGCGCUACGUCUACCAGGCCGAUGGCGACUUCCUGCAGCGCCUGUACGUCCACAUGGCCAACGCCAAGUUGAACUAUGGAUUUGAGUACCUCGGUGUUCCUGAGCGCCUUGUUCGCACUCCUCUUACGGAUCGCUGUUUCCUUACUCUUACUCAAGCCUUAUGUCAAAGGCUCGGUGGCUCGCCAUACGGUCCUGCAGGUACCGGAAAGACUGAGUCUGUCAAGGCCUUGGGUCUGCAACUCGGUCGUUUCACUCUCGUCUUCUGCUGUGACGAUACCUUCGAUUUCCAGGCCAUGGGUCGUAUCUUCCUCGGUAUCUGCCAGGUUGGUGCAUGGGGUUGUUUCGACGAGUUCAACCGUCUUGAAGAGCGUAUCCUUUCAGCUGUCUCGCAGCAAAUCCAGAACAUCCAGAUUGGUCUCAAAAACAAGGAGACUGACGAGAAGUCUCAGAUUGAUCUGGUCGGUAGACGCUUGAGUGUCAACCUUAACACUGGUAUCUUCAUUACCAUGAACCCUGGCUAUGCUGGUCGUUCCAACCUGCCAGACAACUUGAAGAAGCUCUUCCGAAGCGUUGCCAUGUCGAAGCCUGACAAGGAGCUCAUUGCCGAAGUUAUGCUGUUCUCCCAGGGUUUCAAGCAAGCGAAGCGCCUCUCGCAGCAGACUGUGCCGUUCUUCGACCAUUGCUCUACUCAGCUGUCUAAGCAAGCUCAUUACGAUUUCGGUCUUCGUGCGUUGAAGAGUGUCCUGGUUAGCUCUGGUGGCCUUAAGCGUGCCCGUAUCGCCAACACUAACGGCGAGCUUGGCCCUGAUGACAUUGUCGAGCCCCAAAUCAUUGUCCAGAGUCUUCGUGAGACAAUCGCUCCCAAGUUGGUACGUGAUGAUGUUGCCACGAUGCUGCAGAUCCAGGAGCAGGACUUUGCUGGAGUCGAAUAUGUGCCAGCCAACUACGAGGCACUUACUGCUGCUAUCAAAGAUAUUGCGCGUGAACAGCACUUCGUUGACAGCGAGAUGUGGAUCACAAAGGCUCUCCAACUUUACCAGAUUCAGAGCAUCCAUCACGGUGUCAUGAUGGUCGGAAAGUCGGGUGCUGGUAAAUCGUCUGCAUGGAAGAUUUUGCUUCAAGCUCUUCAGCGAAUUGAAGGUGUGGAGGGUGUUUCUCAUAUCAUUGACUCCAAGGUCAUGUCGAAGGAGGCUCUUUACGGUAGCCUGGAUAGCACUACCCGUGAGUGGACAGACGGUCUGUUUACUGGUAUUCUGAGAAAGAUUGUGGACAACCUCCGUGGUGAAGACACAAAACGCCACUGGAUCGUUUUCGACGGUGAUGUCGAUCCCGAAUGGGUUGAGAACUUGAACAGUGUGCUCGAUGACAACAAGCUGCUAACUCUACCCAACGGAGAACGUCUGAACUUGCCUCCCAAUGUCCGCAUCAUGUUCGAAGUUGAAAGUCUCAAAUAUGCUACUCUGGCUACUGUCAGUCGUUGCGGUAUGGUCUGGUUCAAUGAAGAUACCGUGACGCCCUCAAUGAUCAUCUCGAACUACGUCGAGUCGCUCAAGACCAAGACUUUCGAGGACUUGGAUGAUGAUAGUGCCCCUGCUGGUCAAAGCCCUGUCAAGACUCAAGACUGCCAGGAAAUGCUCUCGUCAGUCCUUUCCCAACUACUGCAGACCGAUGACCUCGUUCUCAACACGCUCGGGGAAGCCAAGAAGUACAGCCACAUUAUGGAGUUCACCGAUAUCCGCGCUCUCAACACUCUGUUCAGUCUCUUGAACAAGGCUUGCCGGAACGUCCUCGAGUACAAUAUCCAGCAUGUUGACUUCCCGCUUGAGUAUGAACAGAUUGAGUCCUACAUCUCGAAGAAGCUCCUUCUUGCCCUUGUCUGGUCUUUUACUGGAGAUUGUCCCUUGGCAGACCGCAAGUCUUUCGGAGAGUACGUGUCUGGUCUUACCACAAUCGAUCUCCCUAUUGAGACAGAUUCCUCCAUUAUCGAUUUCGAUGUGACUCUUCCCAAGGGAACUUGGUCGAGCUGGCAAUCUCAGGUGCCGACUAUUGAUGUCAACACUCACUCCAUCACUCAGACCGAUGUUGUUAUUCCUACCGUGGAUACAGUUCGCCACGAAGAUGUUCUCUACUCCUGGCUCGCAGAGCAUAAGCCACUGCUGCUUUGCGGUCCUCCAGGUUCUGGUAAAACCAUGACCCUGUUCGCCGCGCUUCGCAAGCUGCCCAACAUGGAGGUUGUUGGUCUCAACUUCUCCAGCGCCACAACUCCCGACCUUCUUAUUAAGACCUUCGAACAAUACUGUGAAUACAAAAAGACUCUGAACGGUGUCGUUAUGUCUCCUAGUCAGAUCGGUCGUUGGCUGGUUAUUUUCUGCGAUGAAAUCAACUUGCCGGCUCCUGACAAAUACGGAACACAACGGGCAAUUUCGUUCUUGCGCCAGCUUGUCGAACAGAAUGGUUUCUGGAGGACGUCUGACAAGACCUGGGUUUCUCUGGACCGCAUCCAGUUCGUCGGUGCUUGUAACCCUCCCACCGACGCAGGUCGUACCCCUCUGGCUGAACGAUUCCUCCGCCACUCCCCUCUGGUUAUGGUCGAUUACCCUGGUGAGAUCUCGCUCAACCAGAUCUACGGAACGUUCAAUUCUGCCAUUCUCAAGAUUCUUCCGUUACUGCGCGGUUACUCUGAGUCCCUCACUAAGGCUAUGGUGCAGUUUUAUCUGGAGUCUCAGCAACGAUUCACUCCCAAGAUCCAGCCCCACUAUGUGUACUCUCCUCGUGAAUUGACUCGAUGGGUUCGCGGUGUAUACGAGGCUAUUAAGCCACUUGAAAGUCUCUCUGUUGAGGGCCUUGUUCGCAUCUGGGCACACGAGGCUUUACGUCUGUUCCAGGAUCGUCUUGUUACCGAAGACGAACGCGCUUGGACUGCCGAUGCUGUUCGGCGAAUUGCCCUUGAUAACUUCCCUACCAUCGACCAAGAGGCUGCUCUAAAGGGCCCGAUUCUCUUCUCCAACUGGCUGUCCAGAAACUAUGUUCCGGUUGAGCAGGAGCAACUUCGUGAGUUCGUCAAGGCCCGUCUCAAGACAUUCUGCGAAGAAGAAGUCGACGUGCCUUUGGUUCUGUUCAACGAUGUCUUGGAACACGCCCUCCGUAUAGAUCGUGUCUUCCGUCAACCCCAAGGUCAUCUCAUCCUUAUUGGUGUGAGUGGAAGUGGUAAGACAACGUUGUCUCGCUUCGUUGCCUGGAUGAACGGUUUGAAAGUCUUCCAGAUCAAGGUGCACGGCAAGUACUCGUCGGAAGACUUCGAUGACGACCUCCGGAGCGUUCUCCGCCGCGCCGGUUGUAAGGGUGAGAAGAUCUGCUUCAUCAUGGACGAGUCGAACGUUCUGGACUCUGGUUUCUUGGAACGCAUGAAUACCCUCCUAGCCAACGCUGAGGUUCCUGGUCUUUUCGAGGGAGACGAGUUUGCUUCUCUCAUGACAGCUUGUAAGGAGGGUGCCCAACGCCAGGGGCUUAUCCUGGACAGCCAAGAGGAACUUUACAAGUGGUUCACCCAGCAGAUUGUCAAGAACCUGCACGUUGUCUUCACUAUGAACCCGCCUGAAGAAGGUCUUUCCUCAAAGGCUGCAACAAGUCCGGCCUUGUUCAACCGUUGCGUCCUCAACUGGAUGGGAGACUGGUCCGAUCAGGCUCUUUUCCAGGUCGGUUCUGAACUUACCCAGUCUGUCGACCUUGAUAAGCCUGGCUUUUUUGCACCUUCCAGCAUCCCUGUGGCGUACCGUGAGCUUAGCCUGCCUGCGUCACAUCGCGACACUGUUGUCAAUGCAAUGGUGUACAUCCAUUACUCGCUACAACGGUUCAAUCAGCGCCUGCAGAAGCAACAAGGCAAGACCACAUUCCUUACUCCCCGCCACUACCUCGACUUCGUUGCUCAGUAUGUUAAGCUCUUUAAUGAGAAGCGCGAAGAUCUGGAGGAGCAACAGCGGCAUCUCAACGUCGGUCUUGAGAAACUUAGGGAUACUGUGGAGAAAGUCAGUGAUCUGCGAGGCAGUCUAGCGCAGAAGAAGACGCAACUGGAGAAGAAAGACGCCGAAGCCAACGAAAAGCUGCAGCGCAUGGUCGCUGAUCAACGAGAGGCGGAGCAACGAAAAGCAACCUCACUCCAAGUCCAAGCAGCCUUGGAGAAGCAGGAGGAGGAAGUCGCUCUUCGCCAAGAGGUCGUGCUUCACGAUCUAGAGCAGGCUGAGCCUGCAGUCGCAGAAGCCGCCAGGAGUGUCAGCAACAUCAAGCGUCAGCAUCUUACUGAAGUCCGUUCCAUGGGUAACCCACCCUCUGGUGUCCGACUUGCUCUCGAAGCCGUCUGCACCCUGCUUGGGCACAAGGUCGAUAGCUGGAAGACCAUUCAGGGUAUUGUGCGCAAGGACGAUUUCAUUGCCAGCAUCGUCAACUACAAGAACGAGAAACAGAUGACCAAGAACCACCGCACGAAAAUGCAGAACGAAUUCCUUUCGAAAGAGGACUUUACCUACGAACGCGUCAACCGUGCAAGUAAGGCCUGUGGUCCUCUGGUUCAGUGGGUUGAAGCGCAGGUCAACUACUCUGCAAUCUUGGACCGAGUUGGACCUCUGCGCGAUGAGGUCAAACUUCUUGAGGACAAGGCGCUGCAGACUAAAGCCGAGGCACAAGUUAUCGAGGACAAUAUUAGAACACUCGAGAAUAGUAUCGCCACUUACAAGUCCGAAUACGCUGCACUUAUUAGUGAAACGCAAGCAAUCAAGGCGGAGAUGGAGAGAGUGAAGUUCAAGGUGGACAGAAGUAUGAGCCUGCUCAAGAGUCUGUCGUCGGAACGCACGCGUUGGGAGGAGGGAAGCAAGUCUUUCGAAACUCAAAUCAGCACACUUGUCGGUGAUGUCCUCAUUGCGGCCGCUUUCCUUGCCUAUGCUGGUUUCUACGACCAGCAGUUCCGUAAGGCCAUGACUGAGGAUUGGGUCCAGCAUCUGGUCCAGUCUGGCAUCAGCCUGAAGCCGCACAACCCUAUCACAGAAUAUCUGUCCAAUGCGGAUGAACGUCUUGCGUGGCAAGCACACUCGCUGCCAGUUGAUGACCUUAGCACGGAGAACGCUAUUUUCUUGAAGCGCUACAAUAGAUACCCUCUCAUCAUCGAUCCUUCCGGUCGUGUCACUGAGUUUUUGCAGAAGGAGAGCUCAGAGAGGAAGCUCACUGUUACUAGUUUCCUAGACGAUUCGUUCGUCAAACAGCUUGAGAGUGCACUGCGUUUCGGAAACCCAAUCCUUAUCCAGGACGCCGAGCAUCUGGAUCCUAUUCUCAACCAUGUCCUUAACAAGGAGUACCAGAAGACUGGAGGCCGUGUUCUCAUUCAGCUUGGCAAACAGGAAAUCGAUUUCUCGCCUUCGUUCAAGCUCUUCCUUUCGACGAGAGACCCCUCUGCUACUUUCGCUCCGGAUAUCUGCAGUAGGACCACGUUUGUCAACUUCACCAUCACGCAGAGCAGUCUGCAGAUCCAGUCCCUGAACGAAGUUCUCAAGUCUGAGCGUGAUGAUGUGGACCGUCGCCGUUCUGAUCUUGUUAAGGCACAGGGCGAGUUCAAUGUCCAUCUUCGCCAGCUUGAGAAGCGCUUGCUGCAAGCCCUGAAUGAGUCUCACGGCAAUAUUCUCGAUGAUGACAAUGUCAUUGAAACACUUGAGACUCUGAAGAAAGAAGCUGCCGAUAUCUCCAGGAAGAUGGCUGAGACUGAAGGUGUCAUGACUGAAGUCGAAGAGAUCACCCAGCGCUACAGCAUCAUUGCGCGCUCAUGCAGUGCUGUGUUCGCAGUGUUGGAACAGCUGCACCACAUCAACCACUUCUACCAGUUCUCGCUCCAGUACUUCACGGAUAUCUUCGAGUCCGUUCUGCGUAACAAUCCAAAUCUCGAGAGAUCUGGUCUUCGGAAGAUGGAAGAUUACCAACAGCGCAUCCAGAUCAUUCUCCGUGAUCUAUUCGUCACUACUUACCAACGAACCUCCUUGGGAGUCAUUCAGAAGGACCGAAUUACUCUGGCCAUGCUUUUGGCCCAGGCGGCUCCUUACCCAAUGGACAAGGGCAUUAUUGACACCAUUUUGGAUGAGUCUGUCCAAGGUACCGACUUGUCAGCCGACCCCGAGGCCAAGGUCCAGGUGAUGAGCUCGUUUGGCAACAUGUCGCUGUUCAAAUCGCAUCUUCCUUCUGUUACUGCAGAGCAAUGGGAUCAGUUCCUAGGCGAGGAGCUCGCGGAGAACUUUGUUCCCGCCGUCUGGGAUGAGAACACGUCGGAGCUCGACAAACUUCUCCGGUCAUUGCUGCUUGUCAAGCUCUGCAGAAUGGAUAGGUUUGUGCCGGCUGCUGAGCGGUUCAUUGUCGCCGUCUUUGGCCGCGAGUUAUACGAAGGGAGCACCGAUCUCAAAGACAUCGUUAAUCAGGUCACUGCAACUGCCCCGAUCUCCCUCAGCUCCAGCCCUGGCUUCGACGCAAGUUACAAGGUCGACGCACUGGUGGAACGCACGCACGCCACCUGCGCGAACAUCGCCAUGGGUUCUAACGAAGGUCUCGAGAGCGCCGACAAAGCAAUCAACAACGCCGCCUCCGCCGGAACUUGGGUGCUCGUCAAGAACGUCCACCUCGCGCCAUCUUGGCUCCAGAGCCUCGAGAAGCGUCUGGCCUCUCUCAAACCUCAUAAGGACUUCCGCCUCUUCCUCUCCAUGGAGUCCUCCCCGAAGAUUCCUGUCAACCUCAUCCGCGCCUCCCGCGUCCUGAUGUACGAACAGCCUGCUGGUGUCCGCGCCAACAUGAAGGACUCCCUUUCCUCGCUAUCCACCCGCGCCAGCAACACUCCUGUUGAAAAGGCCCGCGUCUACCUCCUCCUCUGCUUCCUGCAUGCCGUCGUUCAAGAACGUCUCCGCUACGCACCCAGCCUCGGCUGGAAGGGCUUCUGGGAGUUCAACGACAGCGAUUACGAGUGCUCGGCUAACAUUAUUGACCACUGGGUUGACGUCGUUGCUCAAGGCCGCUCAAACGUCGCUCCCCAAAAGCUCCCCUGGGACAUGAUCCGCACUCUGAUUACGGAGAUGUACGGAGGCAAGGUCGACGACUCGGCGGACUUCACGCAGUUGCAGCGCCUCGUCGAGAGUUUCUUGACCCCUGCUGCUUUUGAGGUCGACUAUAAGCUUGUCAAUGGCGUUGAGGAUGACGAGUGUCUUACCCUUCCUGGAGAAACGGGCCUGAGUGCGUUCGUGGACUGGGUUAACAAGUUGCCUGAGCGUGAGCCACCUACUUACCUUGGAUUGCCGGCAAACGCGGAGAAGUUGUUGCUUGUUGGUCAUGGACGCAAGAUGAUUUCGGAUUUGUCUCGUGUCACAUCGUUGUUGGAUGAGGGUGAGCAGCUUAUGAUUGAUGCUUAG